AAGUCAUGGCGUGACGUAACACGUGAGCACGGUUAGCUAGCUUCUGAGCUAGUUAACGAGUUGCUGUUGUCAUCAGGGUGUAUUUUUAGUUUUUUUUUUUAACUACCUAGCGGUCAGGAUUUCUGGCUAGGUCAUAGUCGGUAUCGGUCAUGGACGAUGAAAGCUAUCCAAGAACCCUGUACGUGGGAAACCUCUCCAGGGAUGUUACAGAGAUUCUGAUUUUACAACUAUUCACCCAGAUAGGACCCUGCAAAAGCUGCAAAAUGAUCACAGAGCACACGAGCAAUGACCCGUAUUGUUUUGUGGAGUUCUACGAACGCAGAGAUGCCGCUGCGGCCCUGGCAGCCAUGAAUGGCAGGAAGAUCCUAGGAAAGGAAGUUAAAGUCAACUGGGCAACCACCCCUAGUAGCCAGAAGAAAGACACAUCCAAUCACUAUCAUGUUUUUGUGGGUGAUUUGAAUCCGGAGAUUAGUACCGAAGACGUCAGGGCUGCGUUUUCACCUUUUGGGAAAAUCUCAGAUGCUCGAGUGGUGAAGGACAUUACAACUGGCAAAUCAAAAGGGUAUGGAUUUGUGUCCUUCUACAACAAACUGGAUGCGGAGAACGCCAUCUCCCACAUGGCGGGGCAGUGGCUGGGAGGACGGCAGAUCAGGACCAACUGGGCCACGCGUAAACCCCCCGCCCCCAAAGGCGCUCAGGACAAUGGUUCAAAGCAGCUGAGGUUUGAUGAUGUGGUGAAUCAGUCGAGUCCACAGAACUGCACGGUGUACUGUGGCGGGAUCCAGUCGGGACUCACAGAGCAUCUGAUACGGCAGACGUUUUCGCCGUUCGGUCAAAUCAUGGAGGUCAGGGUGUUCCCGGAGAAAGGCUAUUCCUUCAUCAGGUUCUCCUCCCACGACAGCGCAGCGCACGCCAUCGUCUCUGUGAACGGGACGGCCAUUGAGGGGCAAAUGGUGAAGUGCUACUGGGGCAAAGAGUCCUCUGACAUGACGAAAAGCCCACAGCAGGUGGAUUACAGCCAGUGGAACCAGUGGAGCCAGGUCUACGGAGAGCCACAGCAGCAGCAGCAGCAGCAGCAGCAGCAGUACGGGCAGUACAUGGCCAACGGGUGGCAGGUUCCUUCCUACAACAUGUACGGACAGACAUGGAACCAGCAGGGAUAUGGAGUGGAGCAGUCACAGUCAACAGCCUGGAUGGGCGGAUAUGCCUCUGCACCGACGCCUCCGGAUGCUGCCAUGUCCAAUGUGGGAAAUUUCAACAUGGCGGGCUAUCAGAUGCAGUGAGAUGGGACCGGCCUGAGCAAUGACACCAAGGGAAGAUGCAACACUCUUCAUCUGGACAGUAACGAGACAACAGGAGUAUUUAUACAGCCUUUGUAGCUGAGAGUUGGUCCCCAACAACCAGUUUUAUAAAUCACUGUCCGCCUGACCCAGAACUUUGUUUAUAUUGCAAUAAUUAACAAUAACGUAAUGGAAAAGUACUUUUUGAUUAUUAAAGGGCAGCCAAAGAAACUAACCUGGCCUAAAAAACCGACAGAUAUACCAAAAUUUAAAACAUUCGGUCCCUUACCUAUUACCUCACUGGAGGAAAUCUGCUUGCGUCUUAAUUUUCCAAACAGACAAAAUUAACAUUUUGUAGUUCUUCAAAACUAAUUGUAAUGUUUUUUUUGGUUUGUUUUUGUUUUUUAUCCCAAACUUGACAUUUUAUCCCAUGACAACACUUAUCAAAGAGAGCCUUCCUGUUACUUUGCAAGUCACAGGAAUGUGAUGAGGAUUUAAAGGAAAAUCCUGAAAACCUUGAAGUUACUGGCAUGAACAUUAAAUUAUCGUCCUCCCAGUUUGAAAAUGUUUUUUUUUUUUAAGUGUUUUAGUGUUGAUUUAGUCGUUAGGCUCAGUUAUUUUCUCCAACACAGGACACACUUCCACAUGUAGUUUUCCUUUUUCGUGUCAACAGUCCGUUUCUGACGCACAGGUUUGCAUAAAUGGAGCCGUUUCUUUUUUUUUUUUGCAGAUCGUUGUUGCGCCACGUGAAAAAAUCUCAAAGAUGACUAUAGUCUUUGAAAUAUGUCACAGUUUAAGUUGGAUUUUUUUAUUUCCUGAAUAAAGUUUGUGUACAAAGGAAAUUCUUGAAAGGCCACUUUUAAGAGGUUUUAUGUUAAUUAUUUUUUGCUGUGAAACGUCUGUCGUUUACAGAUUUUAGAAAGGUUUGUACUUGGCUUGAUGCUGCAGCCAAGUUUGAAAUUCUGGUGUUGAACCUGCAUCUUUUUCUUCCCUGUGUAAAUAACAUUAAAACUUGGUUAAGGUGACAGACUUUUUGAUAAUUUUGAAGCAGGGUGGUCAGAGGAGUUCUGGAUCUUAAUUAAAAUGAUUCUGUUUUCUUUUCUCGGCUCUUUUUAAAGGUGUUUAUUUCCGAUUGGGAUCAGGAUCUUUUUUUUAACUUCCAUUUCAUCCAUCUUAAUGUACCACUGGCAGUCUGUUCCCGUUUAAUGUUCUUUUCAGACGUCAAACAUUUUCUUUCUUUUUAGUCCAUUCUCUCCAACCUGGGUAAUUUAUUCUAGAAAAGGGCAAUUUUACAAAUUACAAAGACAAUUUCUGUUUGGUGUCUCGGAUUUUAAAGGGCAUAUAUCCUCAUUUUUAUAACUUUCUUUUCACCUGUCUUCAGGCUCUGUAGUUCCCGACAGGUUAAUUAAUUUCCUUGUCAAAAUAUUAACAAAUGUUUAACAAAAAAAAAUAAAGGGGGGGGAAAAGCAAGGCCAUUGCAGCCAGAAUGCAGCAAAGAAAGUUGCUCAAGAUUGAUGGCAUGUUUGCUGGAGACCUAACCAACAGGCACCCUACCCUGGGCUUUAAAAGCUCUCCCCUCUUGUGAGAAAAAAAAACAAACAAGCAAAUUCAAAAAAGACACAUUCUGGCAGCGUUCAGAUGGACAUCAUUUCUGCCCAGGUUCUGACCGCCAAGGAUAUUUCUAACAACAUUUCUGCUAACAGCUGUGUCACUGUGCAGGUCUCACUUUUCCCCCACAUCAAAAAAAAA